AUGUCUUCAGGCAAAGUUGUAGCACCUCCAUCGAUCACCUCAGCCAUCCCAGCUGGCAAAGCCGGAAAUCCCUCAGCUCCCUCGUCUUCUUCAACACGACAAAGACAAUCCAAUGGCGCUGGAAGUGCUCGCGUUCCCACAAAGGACUCUGUUUAUGAGAACAAGCGGAAGGUCUAUGAGCAGACAAUGGACACACUGUCGAAGGAAAUUGAUUCCCUUAAGGCAAAAUCUGUGGAGCUUUCUGAAAAAAUCAAGCUCCUCGUAUCCGGUGAAGAAGGAAAAGCCGAAAGAGAAGCUAUCUUUACAGCUCUUCAGAAGAUGAGAAAGCAGAAGGAUCAGCUGAUGGAAGAGCGCAAUGUGCUUUCCAAGCGUUUGGAUGAAGCCUUGGAAAUCGCCCGCUCUCGCGGUGCAGAGUUGGAUGUUGCUCGCGAAAAACUCCCCUGCAAAAGACGCGAAGACAUCGAUCAAAAGAUAGCCGAUCUCAAUCGAAGCAUCGAGUCUGGCGUGUCUCUUUCUGAAGAAAAAAAACUUGUCGCAGAAAUCUCCAAGCUGCACAAAGCGCGACGCUCUUUUGAUGCAAUCUCUUCGCUCGUCGCUGGAAAAGAUCAAAUUGAUGCGCAAGUUGAAUCGAUCCGCUCUUCAAUGAAGAAGCUAGAUCCUGAAUUGAAAGCGUUGAAGGCGCACAUCAAAGAAGAAAACGAAAAAUACACGCAACUUCUAACCCGGAAUAGCAGCUCCACCAACGCCAUUCAAUCUAUGCGUAAAAAUCUUGAGGAGAUUCGUUCCCAAAUCGACAAAAAGUUCAAGGAAAGAUCCAGUGCAUAUGAAGCCUUUUCUUUGGCAAAGGAGGCCCAUAAGGAAUGGGCUUCCGAGCGCCAGGAAAAAUACCAGGCACUUCUUGUGAGAAGAGAAAUCGAGAACGAAAUAAACGAUCUUGAAAUCGAACUCCAUUCGCUUUCCGUUGACAAGAUCCCGAAAGAAGUUGAGAGCUUAGAGGCUCUGGAAAAUGUUCUGUCUGCAUUUAUAGCACCCUCAAAGGAGGCAGAGAAAAAGAUGCCGUCUGGCUCCACUCCUGCUCCACGCCCCGUGGAAGGCAUCGAUGAAAAGAAGUUUGUUGUUUUGGAAAAGACAGAAGAGUCUUAUUUUGUUGGAAAAAAAGCCAAUCCCAAGCCAGCAUCUUUGCGUGCGACAAGCAGUACCGCACAUGCGGCCACAAAAACGGCGAAAACAUCCUCCAUUUCGCUUCCACAUUGGGUCUCGCUUGAUUUGGAGGUCUAUGCCAUUGGGGCUGUCCAUUCCUCCGAUGAUGCCAAGAAGGCCAUUGAGCGCAUUACCGAAAUGAAGCAAAAAAUUGUGGAAGCAAGCCGAUCUGCAAACAAAGAUAAAGAGGAGGAAAGAUCCCAGCUUCGCGCUAAAAUCGACGCCUUGAAAGCCAAGCUUUCCGAAGCAAAAGAUACCACCAAGUAUUCCGAAGCAAAAGAUACCACCAAGCCCUCUCAAUAA